CUGCGCACUGCGGGCAGCACCUCCCAGGCCGGACAUAACGGUCCGUGCGCGGCUGCCCGGGCGGAAGUGGCCGCGAGCCGUCCCGGCGCGCGCCCGGUCUUGCCCAACGCCUGGGAGUCCCCGCCGUGCCGCCGCGCCGGGCCGCCGCCAUGUCCGCCAGCGCCGUCUACGUGCUGGACUUGAAGGGCAAGGUGCUCAUCUGCCGGAACUACCGAGGCGACGUGGACAUGUCUGAGGUGGAGCACUUCAUGCCCAUUCUGAUGGAGAAGGAGGAGGAGGGGGUGCUGUCCCCCAUCCUGGCCCACGGCGGCGUCCGCUUCAUGUGGAUCAAACAUAACAACCUGUAUCUGGUUGCCACCUCGAAGAAGAAUGCGUGCGUCUCCCUGGUCUUCUCCUUCCUCUACAAGGUGGUCCAGGUGUUCUCCGAGUACUUCAAAGAGCUGGAGGAGGAGAGCAUCCGGGACAACUUCGUCAUCAUCUAUGAACUGCUGGACGAGCUGAUGGACUUCGGCUACCCGCAGACCACUGACAGCAAGAUCCUACAGGAGUACAUCACUCAGGAGGGCCACAAGCUGGAAACGGGGGCACCGCGGCCCCCUGCCACCGUCACCAACGCUGUGUCCUGGCGGUCAGAGGGUAUCAAGUACCGGAAGAACGAGGUGUUCCUGGACGUGAUCGAGUCUGUCAACCUCCUGGUGAGUGCCAAUGGCAACGUGCUGCGUAGUGAGAUCGUGGGCUCCAUCAAGAUGCGCGUGUUCCUGUCGGGCAUGCCCGAGCUGCGCCUGGGCCUCAACGACAAGGUGCUGUUCGACAACACUGGCCGCGGCAAGAGCAAGUCGGUGGAGCUGGAGGAUGUCAAGUUCCACCAAUGCGUGCGGCUGUCCCGCUUCGAGAACGACCGCACCAUCUCCUUCAUCCCACCCGAUGGCGAGUUCGAGCUCAUGUCCUACCGCCUCAACACACAUGUGAAGCCUCUGAUCUGGAUCGAGUCAGUGAUUGAAAAACACUCGCACAGCCGCAUCGAGUACAUGAUUAAGGCCAAGAGCCAGUUCAAGCGUCGCUCCACGGCCAACAACGUGGAGAUCCACAUCCCGGUGCCCAACGACGCCGACUCGCCCAAGUUCAAGACCACGGUGGGCAGCGUCAAGUGGGUCCCUGAGAACAGCGAGAUUGUGUGGUCUAUCAAGUCCUUCCCGGGUGGCAAGGAGUACCUGAUGCGGGCGCACUUCGGCCUGCCCAGCGUGGAGGCGGAGGACAAGGAGGGCAAGCCGCCCAUCAGCGUCAAGUUCGAGAUCCCCUACUUCACCACCUCGGGCAUCCAGGUGCGCUACCUGAAGAUCAUUGAGAAGAGCGGCUACCAGGCGCUGCCCUGGGUGCGCUAUAUCACCCAGAACGGAGACUACCAGCUCCGGACCCAGUGAGGGGCCUUCAGGGAGCCCCCAAGGAAGCGCUACAGAGCUGAUCAGAGGAGGGGCCACUCCUGCCCUACCCACCUGCUCGCUGGCCAGCCCCCGGCCUCCCCUUGGCCUGUGCCACCAGUUUUGCUGGGGGCUGGCAGUGCAGCCUGGCUGGAGGCCUGCCCUGCACUUCCCAGGCCUGCCCGGAAGCACUUAGGGGCACCCAUGGCCCGACCUGUCCUGCCACAUCAGUGUUUGCUCUGUGGGUGGGUCCCGCCUGCGGGCCGGGGGGCGGCCAAGCCCCAAGACUGUGUUGUUGCCACAUUCAUUAAACCCAUCCUGACCAUG